AUGUAUUUAGAACAUAUUCAAAAUUAUGGCCUUUUACCAGAUUUAAAAUUAGGUGAAGCACGUUUAUCUCGUGAAGCCAUUGAUCUUGCUGUUAAAUUAAUAAAAAGUUUUGAUGAUGAAGAUAGUAUGACUGGAUGGGAUCAUACAAAAAAUUUACCUAUUAAACGUGCUACUGUACUUGUUUUUCUUCCUGGUUUACUUGAAAUUCAANUUUUUUUUUCGUUUUGUACAACAGACAGAAAAGAUAACACUUAUAUAUAG